GCUGGGUCUUCCCCAAGGAUAUCAGGUACAGUGUAAGCUACAGAUACCUGCUCAGCUGGAUAAGCCUUUAAUCAUGGAAAGAAAGCUCCUAAAGAAGGAAAUGAAAAAGCUCCUGGGAGAUUAUAUUGGCAUCAGACUUCGGGAAAAUGAAUUUGACCCAAAAGGAAGAAGGCAACUCACCUUUCUAGAUGAUAUGGCACACUAUGACUUGGCCAUCAAUGUUGCUUUGCAAUGGCUGGAUCACUCAGAAGACUUAACUUGGCUGGAGUGGGAAAAAGUGAAAAUGCCAUUUCAUGACAGACCUGUUUAUCCAAACCGGAAAGAAAGAGAAGCAAUGAUUUUAUCAUCUUAUGCUGGAAUCCUAAUGAACAGUAUCCCAAUUGAGGAAGUCUUUAAAAUGUAUGGAGCUGAUUCUUCUACCAAUUCUGGGGCUACUAAGGUACCCCGAGCUCCACCUCUCCGCCUCUCCCUGCAUCCCUUUGCCAUGUUAACAGCACCCAAAGCAGCAGAAUACGCCCACAAACAGAGUGUCAAGUUAAGAAGGGGACCAACAAAUAAAAAUGUCACCAGCAGCUCUGCAAGGGAAGCAAAUGCUACAGCGUGGAAAUCAUCAAAAAAUGUAUCUUUGGACACCCAGCUAAAGAACAAAGUCACUUAGAAACUUGGAAUUGUACCAUGGAAGUUCAUAAUAAAGUCUCUGGAAGAGGAAAAGAAACAUCAUCUUAACACUGCAACUCUUGCCAGCACAUUUUUCCAGUUAGCUUGUGGUGCAAAGUUAAUCGAAGUGUUACUUUGGAUGUUGGGCUUUCUUCUCUUAGACUCCUAUUGUGUGGCUAUAUUGUGUUUUUGUUUUUCAAGUGUAUAUCCUAUGCUACGUCAUUGUAACUGGAAGACUGCUAGUUGGAGAAUUUUGAGAAUAUGUUGUAUUUUAUGUGAGAGCAGACAGGCUUUGCAGCACAUUUCCCAAAUGUUUAGCACUGAAUCUUGCAGAGUGGUGGAGUCUGAGGCAGUUUCCCAAAGUUUCGAUCCAAAAUAAAAUGAAUCUGUCAUUCAUUGCCCUUACUACGUUCUCACAUGGAAACAUUUAAAAUCAUUUCAAUAAAGCAUUAAAGGAAA